GAAAGACCUUUAACCUACUAAAAUCAUUGUCACAAUUUUCAUUGGUAGUUCGCAUAUUUGUAAAUACGGAUAGUUCCAAAAGGUCAGUAUUUCUAAGAAAAACUUAUCAAUCGUAUGUUAAGUCAUUCACGUGUGGAAAGGUUUGAACAUAUGAAUAUGAAAAUAAACGCUCUCGCAAGAUACGGAUAAAAGCGUAGGUGGAUGUGCAAUAUAUAAAUCCGCGUACAACAUAACAAGGAGAUAAUUAGUUUUCUACAAGAUGGAAUCUAAAACAGAUCAAUUACCAAAUCCCGUCUAUGACAAGGAAACCGAAAAUGUUCUCAACAACGAAGAUUCUUCAUUUCUGGCAAAUAUACUACGUGAAAUCUUGUAUAGUCCAAUGAACUUGGCCCUGUUAGCAAUAAUCUGCUUCUUGGUCUACAAAAUUGUUCGGGAUCGCACUGAAGUACCAUCUGCAGGCGUUGCAAAACCUGUUGAAGAAGGACUUCCCAAAAUUCGCCGCGAUUUCACUGUAAGCGAAUUGCGCCAGUACGAUGGAAAUCAACCAGAUGGUCGCGUUUUGGUCGCCGUCAACGGAAGUGUUUACGACGUAAGCAAAGGACGACGAUUCUACGGGCCAGGUGGUCCCUACGCUAUGUUCGCGGGAAGAGAUGCAUCCCGGAAUUUGGCAACAUUCAGCGUGGCUUCAAAUGAUAAAGAUGAUUACGACGAUUUGAGCGAUUUAAGUGCACUAGAAAUGGAUUCUGUUAAGGAAUGGGAAAUGCAAUUUAAGGAAAAAUAUGAUCUGGUUGGCAAGCUUCUGCGUAGGGGCGAACAACCCACCAAUUACGAUGAUGAUGAGGACGAUGAGAAUGUUAACAGUGAUGAAACCGCUGCUACAAGCGAUCAAACCAACAGCUUGAGGAAUCGUCUACCCAAGUCGAAAACUGAGACUGAUGACACUAAUCAAGAAAGUCACGUUCUAGAGGGCAACAAUGCAACCAUAAACAACGCACAAGAUGAACCUGUUUCCACUGAUUGUUAGCAAAUCCCAGUUUUUUGUUUUGCUCUUGGAUGUGGCUGUAAUAGUUUAUUUUCGGUUAGAAACACAACAAAACUAAAUUGCAUUUCCGACUCUUGAUUCUGCCGCUGCUCCUCUGAAAUUGAGAACAAGACCUAUUUGGAAAACACAUAAAAACAAACAUCCCAAAUUGAGCUCAGCAAACAAGGCAUUAAAUUUAUUAUGAACAUUUGAAAUGAAUUUAAAAAGAUGCAAUGGUUUUUUUUAAUCUUAUUCUUAGAGUGCAGCCUUGAAAAAGCUAUAGUUGUUACUAUAUUUCACGUUGUGAUGUGAUCUUGUUCCAUAUAUUGUAGUAGUAUAUUCAUAAAAUUGUAACGGAAAUUAUAAAAUUAUUUAAGGAGGAGGCCAAUGUGUGAGGGUAUGGGAGUCAUUUUCGUGGCAAUAUAAAUUUAAAUGUAACUAUAUUUGAAAUACAAAUUAAAUACUAAAA